AGCCCAACACAGUAAGCAUCUGUGUGCCAUUGGAACAAAAGAAGCGCACAUUCAUUCAUUCACUCAUUCAUUCAUUCAUUCAUGCGCUGUGUGUUGUUGGCGUGUCCGCUUGCAGUUGAUAGCGGCGAGGCGUGCCGGCACGCCCACUCGCACAUGGCGUCAUGAUGCCCGCCUGUGAUGCGCAUAGAACACAAGUGAGAAGGCAGCCAGGCAGACUGAUAUCCCCUUUCUUGUCCCUGGGCGUCUUUGUCUGCAGCAGUCGCGCUUCCACCUGAUGGCUUCGUCGACUCGAUCUGGCGAUGUCUGACUCUGAGGUGCACCAGCAGCAGCCCGGCGAGCCGUUCCCCGUGACCCUCUCACGCGGCGGAGCGCCAGCCUUUGCUCGCCCACCAAACAGUUGGCAUUCGGCAUCCACCAUGGCUCCCUGUCCCCUGCCGUAGCGGCCCAGCUGCUGACGCAGCAGAAGGCCGACCCCAACGGGCGGUACUACGACGCUGCCCUCAACCGUUGGGACUCUCUGCUACAUCUGGCCGCCGACAGAUGCGUCGGAGAGGAUGGUGCCGCGAUGCUGCGGUGCCUCAUUGGCGCCGGAGCCGACAUGGACUACACCAGCCGCAGCCCAGGGCGAGCGCUGCACCUCCUUCUCACCAGCAAGAGACCCCUGGACUUCCUGCUGGACCGCCUCAACCAUGCAGACCCCACUCAGCUGUCGGCCCUCCUUCCCAUGAUCGAGACCCUCCUGAGGCACGGCGCGACAUGUUGCUACGGAGGCAGUGGUGCGCUGACAUCGGUCUUUACCAGUGACGCCACGCGCGGCGGCACCCAGCGCAUCUCCGCCACGGAGUGCCUGGAGGUCGUCACUCGGCUGACCACUGCCGCAGCAGCGGCACCCACACCACCCAGCCUCUACGGGAACUCGGCCCUCAACGAGGCGUGUGAGUGCCACUUCCGAGAGGAGGAGAACCAGCCACCAGAUGAGCAGCAGCAGCAGGGGGAUGCGGCGCAUGGUGGCCACACGGACGUCCACAUUGCCAUUCUCGAGAAGAUCGUGGAGGGCAUGGGGCGGGAGCUGGAGGGUGCAAGGGGCAGUGGGGCGCUGCAUAGCGCCGUAGCGAGUCAGAAUAGGGCCAUCAUGUAUUGGCUGGUGAGGCGGCAGGGGGUGACGGCUGACAGCGAGACACUCUCUGUUGCUCACUGGGAUGUGGAUGUCAUGACAUGGCUGGUGGAUGAGGCAGGGGCUGACGUAGAUGGUGUUGGGCGACUGCCGCCCCUUGGCGCACUGGUGAGGGGAGGCCACCACACUGCGGCGCAUCAUCUGAUCCAUCUGGGGGCAUCCGUAGACAGAGCACUGACAUACUCAUACCCACACACCACGCACACAGACACAUCCACAACAGCCAGAGAGAGGCACCGCAUUUUGUCGGUGUAUCACUCGUAUGUCAAUCGCUCUGUCCCCACACACGCCAUGCGCCACAUCAACACAUCCCUGAACCCUCUGCGCACUCUGUCUGCCCUGUCGGCUUCCCAUCGCGUGUUUCGUGUGGGUGUGCUGUGCUGUCAGAUUGCCUCAUACAUAGAGCCUCCCCCUCUCCCCUUCUCAGAGCGCACGCCACUCGGGCGACGGCUCAAUGCGGCGCUGUCUUUUUUCCUCUCUCGUGCAUACAAUGUGGCCAGCCCCUCUGUGAGGCGGCGUCUGUUUCGCCACACUGCCUUCGUCACCCCACACAACACACACACAGACACAUCAGACAGCCAGGUCGAGCGGCGGGGGGAGGCAGAGGGCGGGCAGGUAGACGAGGGCGUUGUGUAUGGCGUCCGUGACGUGGUCCACCUGAUCCGGUGUGAGGAGGGUCGGCACUAUGAGCUGCCCCACAUCGUCAGGGGAUUCGGCAAUGGGAAGCCGUUCGAGUGCGAGUUCGAUGGCAAUGUGGUGGUGGGUGGGGCCGGGGGAGGCCAGCGUCUGGUGCAGAGGAUAGGUGGGUGGGAGGGGAUGAGUGAGAGGGGGCGGCCCGGUGCCGUGUGGGGUGAGGAGUUAUGGGAUGUCGAUGGCUCGGGGGGCGACGAGCUAGAUGAGGAGGACGAGAUCGAUGAGGUCAGGAGGGAGGGAGGGAGGGAGGGGCGGGCACACAUGCACACACAUGAUGAUUCAGUCACUUUUUUCCUGCCUCCUGUUUGUUUUGUAUAUGUGCGUGUGCGUGUGUGUGUGCAGGAUUUCCUGGAUGAGGACGACGCUGAGGACGGCUGGGGCGACGACCUAGAUGAGGUAAGCGGGAAGAGACACACACAUACACACCCAUGGAUGGAUGUCAUCCACGUGUAUUCAUUCGUGAGUGUGUGUGUGGUUGUGUGUGUGAAGGGCUUCAUGGACGAGGACGGCAUGUACGCUGACUGGGGAGAGCGGAAGGAGCCUGCUGGCGAUAUGAUUGACGGCGACGACAACGACGAGCAGCAGCAACAAAUGGGGGACGACCAGUGAGUGGAAGGUGUCAGGGGAUGGAUGAAUGGAUGGAUGGGGGCAUUCAUAGUGCGGGCAGCAACUCAUGGCAUGGCGGGAUAGUGUGUCUGAAUGGCGAAGGGAGUUCAUACAACCGUCUCCGCCUGUUCAUUUGAACAGAUGACGGGCUGGGAUGAUGUGAUGACGG